AUGCCAAAACUCGUCCGGCUCCUCCCACUCUCCCUACUAAUAGGCGUAACCAUCGCAAAAUCCCUCUCACUCACCUACUGGGAAUAUGGCCCAGCAUAUCAGAUCGGGCUCCAACUCUCGCUCGGCACCCCCAGCCAGAUUGUAUAUCUCAUACCCUCCGUGAACGACAACGAGAUCUUCCUUGUCGGUCCCGAUGCCUGCGCCCCCGGCUGCGAAACUCAGUUAGGCGGUCAAUUCAGCACCUCCAAUAGCAGCACAUGGCGUCCAACCACAAACGUAACGAUCGGCAAUGCUGGCGCUCUCGACUGGUGGAAUGGAAGCCAGGUGGAAUAUACGCUAGGGUAUGAGCGGGGCCAGUUUGAUUACUUGCCGGAAACAAGUUUCUCAAAUCUAGGCCUCGAGAUCGCGGUGCUGAACAACCGUUCGCAGGAUGACUGGAUUCCGCUUCAGAAUACACUGGGGCUUGGAAGCAACUCGACUUUUCUGAACAGCCUAAUGAGGAACGGUGUUAUUGAGUCGCGAUCAUUUGGAUUGCACGAGAUGAAUGUCGACCUCGGCAGCUUUGACGAGUCGCGUAUCGUAGGGCAGCGAUACUCGUCGCCCAUCCUCCAGAAUACGGGCUACCUCGGCGGCCUCCAGGUCACAGUGACAGAUAUGUCAAUAAACGGGAGGUCCCUCAUGAAUCGGACAAGUGGGCCUUUUAACGCGACCCUGGGAUUGUCGACAACGAGGCGGAGUUAUGUUCCACAGGUUGUGGCGGAGGAUUUUUAUAAUAUAACUGCCGCAGAUGCUCCCACGAACUGGAGUAAAUUCGAUGAGCCUGUGUGGAACCAGGCUAGGUCCUCGUCGACGGAGCCGUUUAUGCUGGUAGUGAAACUAUCAAAUGGGGCGACUUUGAAUGUAGACAGUUCCUCAUUAAAGCGCGCGAUUUUUGAGGAGAAGGAUACGGAAAUGUAUGGUUAUGUAAAUGAGUAUUAUACGUAUGGGGGUAGUAGAACUCAGUAUACGAAGAGCAAUAUGGUAGGGAUUGAUUUGCUGGAUGCGGAGGUAAAGGCAGAUAAUCCGGGUAUUGAAGCGCUCUUUGGGAUGGAUUUCGUGUCAUACCAAACUUAUCUUUAUGUGGAUUGGGAUAAGCAGGAGUUUGAGUUGGCAGCGACGAAGGAUCUUAAUGGUUCUGCAGGUGUAGUUCAGAUCAGUUGGCGUACAACCUGGGCGGUAGUAUUUCUUUCAGUGGCAAUGGUCAUAAUGUUUUAG